AUGCACGCCAAUCUUGGUCAAGGCGUCGAGCCAAAGUGGAUUGCGCCGUCGAGCAUCGAUAGCGUGGUGUCUUACAAGAUACCCGGUGUUGGCUACACUCCAAAGUCGUGCUCGACUUGUGGCUGUCACAUCGGCGCCGUUGGAAAUGAUGAUGGCGGAUGGACUUUUGCAACAUCAAUCCUAAAAGAGCAUGGCCGCGACGUUGUCAAUAUCACAUCGCACGUCUUCAACUACUCGGCCGGGGAUGGCGGGCUGGCGGGCAUCCUAACCCAUAUGCAAGGCAAAACUAUACCAACCUGGAAUCCAAAGGACGACCAGCCCAACGCAGCGGCCCCGAAACCCCAGACUGAAACCGGCACCGACGGACAGGAGAGGCUUCGCGCCCAGUGUCACUGCGGAGGUGUCUCCUUCACCAUCCCUCAGCCGACCAAGGACAUGGCCGAGCACGCCUACGCUCAGCGGUUUGUGUCGCCGCUCGACCAGAAAAAGUGGUAUGGGACUCUCGAUCUUUGCGACGACUGCCGGCUCGUCAACGGAACCCCAGUGGCCUCUUGGAUUUUUGUGCCCAUCAAUGUCAUCGAACCGACUCUCGGCGAGGACCUCGAGCUGGGCACCAUCAAGACGUACGGCUCCUCGGACGGGGUGACGCGCGCCUUUUGCUCCGUCUGUAGCGCCACCAUCUUCUUUCUCCAGCAUGACCGUCGCUACAAUGGCGUGCCCGUGGCCGACAUCUCAACCGGCCUGCUAAGAGCGCCGGACGGGGCCAUGGCGGAGAGCUGGAUCACCUGGCGGACGCGGGCAUCGUUUGAAGGCGACGGUCUUGCUUUUGACAAGGACAUGGCUGAGGGUAUCGUCAAGGGCAUGAAGAAGUGGACAGCCGAAAGAAAUGGUGGGCAGAGUCUGACGGGCGAGAUUUGA